GCGGUCACUCCCGUUCUGUCUUGUUUUGCUCCAGGUGUAGCUGAUUUUUGCUCAAGCAGUCGCCCCGUGGUUCGACCUUAAUUAUGCCAAUGAAUGCGCCCGGCCCGAUCGUGCAAAUAUCGCCAGCCGUAGCACAAGAAGUCAUCGCUCUGCAAGCUGCAGAGCUUAUCCGUCUUCGAGUUGAACUCGGAAAUGAAAGGUCGGGAGGCUCACGGCAAGGCAGUCAUGAAGCGAUAUCUCUCGAACAAUUCAAUGAACUCCGGAAAGAUUUUCUUGAAGCGGCGUUCACACCCAAGGAGAGUAGCGAUUCCCUCCGCACGGAGCUCGUUUCAAUCAGUGACCGCACGCGUACGAUGCAGAGUUCGCUCCAAGAGCUGGUGUCUCACAUGACGCAUGCUCCUACCAGGGGAUUCAAUGGAACGCAAGACGGGACCCCCACAAGAACAACACAAACGGACUUCUGCGCUUCGAAGAAGUACGUUGACGAGUUGCAACAGCAACUAGCUGUCGCUCGAGACGAGCUCGUCGACGCACAUGGUGUGAUGGGCCGUCUUGAAGACGAGCGUGUCAAAAACGAGGCACGGGUGUCAGACCUGGUCAAACAGCUUUUCGCUGCACAUGUCGAGUCCAGCGAUCUCCAAGAGCUUCUCAAAGGAGCCCAAGAAGCCUGCUCCACGUCUCAAUCCCAAGCCUCAGGAAUGGAGGUGGAGAUGGGGUUCCUCCGCGAGGAAAAUGGGCAACUGAAACGAAAGAUUGAGACGCUCACCGUUGAGUCAAAUCAACGACAGGUAAAGCCAAUCAAGUGAGCGAAUCUUCGUGUUCCUGAUUUCUCGUGCACUUUCAUCGG